CCACGAAGAAGAGUUCAGUCUUCUGUGCAGCAAUUGACAGCAGAGCUACGUAGUACAGUGUGUGGGAACUCAGGAGACGGUUUUCCGUGCGUGUUGUGUUGAGUACCAGCAAUGGCCCUGUUGAAAUCUAGCAAGAUKAUUUCUACCGUCUGGGUACACCCUCCAUUGGGUGUGCGCUCCAUUCGUGCCAGUUCAUGGUGGUCCGAGGUGCAGAUGGGUCCCCCUGACCCCAUCCUGGGGGUGUCAGAGGCCUACAAGCGUGACACCAACCCUAAGAAGAUGAAUCUGGGUGUAGGAGCAUACCGUGAUGACCAGGGCAAACCAUAUGUCCUCAGCUGUGUUCGCAAGGCUGAAGCUCAGAUUGCUGCAAAGAAGCUGGACAAAGAAUACCUGGCUAUUGGUGGUCUGGGGGACUUUACCAAGGCAUGCGCCAAGCUGGCUUUGGGAGACAACAAUGAGGUUAUCGAGAGUGGCAGGAACAUCACUGUCCAAACUAUUUCUGGAACUGGGUCCUUGAGAAUCGGAGCCAACUUCCUGUCCCGUUUCCAUACAGAGGCCAGGGACGUGUACCUGCCCAAGCCCUCCUGGGGGAACCAUACACCCAUCUUCAGAGACGCUGGGAUGCAACUGAAGGCAUACACCUACUAUGACCCAAAGACCUGUGGCUUUGACUUCCAGGGAGCCCUGAAUGACAUCUCUAAAAUUCCUGAGAAAAGUGUCAUCAUGCUUCAUGCCUGUGCCCACAACCCCACAGGAGUGGACCCUCGGCCAGAGCAGUGGAAGGAGAUUGCUAACCUGGUGAAGAAAAGGAACCUCCUAGUUUUCUUUGACAUGGCCUACCAGGGCUUUGCCAGUGGUGARAUUGACCGUGAUGCCUGGGCUGUCCGUUAUUUCAUUGAGCAAGGCCACAACAUUGUGCUCUCUCAGUCUUUUGCUAAGAACAUGGGUCUCUAUGGUGAGCGUGUUGGGGGCUUCACUGUCGUGUGUAAGGAUGCUGAGGAGGCCAAGCGUGUGGAGUCCCAGCUGAAGAUCCUCAUUCGGCCCAUCUACUCCAACCCUCCCAUGAACGGGGCACGCAUCGCUGCCACCAUCCUCAAUACACCAGACCUGUACAAAGAGUGGCUGGGGGAGGUGCAUGGCAUGGCUAACCGCAUCAUCACAAUGAGGGAGCUGUUAGUGGCCAACCUGAAGAAGGAGGGCUCCACUCAGAACUGGCAGCACGUCAUUGACCAGAUUGGCAUGUUCUGCUUCACAGGGCUGAAGCCUGAACAGGUGGCGCGCCUCACAAAGGAGUUCUCCGUCUACAUGACAAAGGAUGGGCGUAUCUCCAUGGCUGGCGUCACCUCUGGCAAUGUGGGUUACCUUGCACAAGGUAUCCAUGCAGUGACCAAGUGAGAUGGCUAACCAGGAGUCACACCAUCGUCACCACCAGAGGAUAGAGGGGCGGUAGCUUCAGACAAGAAAAACAAAACAACUUUUAUGUAAAUUAACCCUCUCCUCUGCUUUCCUUUAGGGAAGACUCAAAAGUAAUAAGAUACCAUAGGGUUACUUUAUUUGGCAUUUUCUGUUGGCAUUGUCUAGAUAUUGUAUGUUGGACUAUCUGUGACUAGGUUUUUAAUGUGCAGUUCCCUGAAAAAAUAUCCAUGGAAUUCUUGAAUCUUUUUUUACCCUCCCUCAGACAUGCAUGCAGUGGUCAUGAGCUCAAAAUAUCUUGUGUAAGUCAUACUUGACAAUGAAAACUAACAAGCACAAUAUCACUGUUUGGAAUCACGUCUUAUAUUGCAGCAUGUCCUCUCACUUGGCCUGAGCACACCCUGUCUCUAAGAACUGUGCUCAACUAUUGGCUGUGAUAUGGAACACCAAAGUAAUAAUGGUUAAGACAUUUUUCUAGAAAAUUCUUUACUAAAGAUACUGUCUCUUUAAGGUAAUUGUAUUGAAAUGUGCGUCUCAUUUAUUAAGGAUUCAUUUACAAAACCUUUUUCAAAAAAGAUGUCAGGUGCUACAAACCUUUGUUUCAACUUUAAUGCCAGUGGAACCUUUCUAGGUGAUGGUACUGGGGUCAUGGCACUUGUCUUAUGUGGGAUGAUAUGUGCUGCAUGGAGUCCCUGAUUGUGAUGAUCAGCCAGCCACAAUGUGUGCUAAGGAUGUUAUUUUGCUGUUGUAAUGGAAGAGCACUGUCUUCCAAUCAACAACUGCCACAUCUCCCACUGAUACUGUACCAUUUAAUUAAAUAGAUUAUUUAUAUACA